AUGCCCGAGAUCGCAGAAGCCGCGCGCAUUGUGCACUUCCUCAAGACCCAUCUGGUCGGAAAGCGCAUCAAGACGGCCAGAGGCAUCGACGACGCCAGCGUGUUUGGCAAGGUGGGCACGACGGGCGAUGCCGUGGCCAAUGCUCUCCAAGGCAAGAAAGUAGUCGGGACAGGCAGCCAGGGCAAGUACUUUUGGCUCGUCCUGGACAGCGCGCCACAUCUGGUGAUGCACUUUGGCAUGACGGGCUGGCUGCACAUCCGCGGCAUGCGCACGGGCUACACAAACUACUACAACAAGCUCAAGCCGGGCGACGCCGACGCAUGGCCGCCCAAGUACUGGAAGUUCCAGCUGGAGACCGACUCGAGCCCCAAGGUCGAGGUGGCUUUUACAGACCCGCGCCGCUUUGGCCGCGUGCGUCUCGUGGACUGCCCCGGUGCCGCCAUCCGCAAGCACUCGCCGCUCGUCGAAAACGGCCCCGAUCCCGUCGUGGACGCCGACACGACGUUUACGGAGGACUAUUUCCUGUCGACGUUGCGAAAGCGCCACGUGCCCAUCAAGGCCCUGCUCCUCGACCAGGCGUUUAUCAGCGGCAUCGGCAACUGGGUGGGCGACGAGGUCCUGUUCAACGCACGGCUGCACCCGGAGCAGUACUGCGACGAGUUUAGCGAUGCACAGAUGAAGACGCUCUACAAGUCGAUCCGCUAUGUCUGCAGCACGGCCGUUGAUCUGCUGGGCGACUCGGACAAGUUCCCGGCCGGUUGGCUGUUCCAGCACCGGUGGGGCAAGGGCGGCAAGGACUCGGUGGCCCGGCUGCCCAACGGUGAGAAGCUCGCGUUCCUGACUGUCGGCGGACGUACCAGCUGCUUUGCGCCCGGACUGCAGAAGAAGAGCGGCAACGUGGCGCCAGGGAUCAAAGAAGAGCCCGUGGUGAUCAAGGACGAGAAGCCAAAGAAGGCGGCUGCUGUGAAGCCGCAAGCUGCCAAAAAUGCGGUUGCGACUACGAAGAAGGAACCCGUCAAGAAGGCGCCUACCGCCGAGAGCAAGGGGGCGGGCCAGAAGCGUAAGCGAGGCGCAGUCAAGGAAGAUGCGGACGACGAGGGCAAGGCUGACGACGAAGGUGAGAAGCCGUCCUUGAAAUCCACACAAAAAAAUGGUGCUGCCGGCAAGAAGGCAAAGACGGAGCCCGCGCCGGCCAAGAAGGCGGCAGCGAAACCGGCCGCAAAACCUGCUGCCAAAGAGACACCCGCAGCGAACAUUGGCCGGCGGCGGUCGACCCGACUGAGCACGAGCUGA